UGCUGUCUCGGAAGAAACACUGAAAUCAUUUUCCAUGCGGACGCUGCAUCGAAGUCUUGAUCAAGUCUGAAACAAGCAACACUUGAAAGUGAUGCAUAUUCGUCUUUCUGCGGGGAACUGGUGACACUUGUAUCAAACACUAAAAGUACCACAGACCCCUAGUUGCCGCCAACAGCAAGGUAAGUUAUCAAAAAACACUGACUUCUGUCUUUUCUUUCAUUUCCAGUCUCUGACCCCAACGACUGGAUACUGUGAUCAAAUCUUCCUCAUCCCAUCGUCUUGUCGAAGCCAGCAGAAACAGCAACUAUGUCCCAAGAAUUCAACAUCCAGCCGCACUUCGGCACGGCACUAGGCACAUUUCUACGCUCUCAAUACUUUCGCACACCAGCAUAUCCAACGCACUCCUUCGCCAAUCAAACCGUCAUCGUGACCGGUUCAAACGGCGGCCUAGGUUUUGAAGCAGCCCGCCAUUUUUACCGACUCAAUUGUGCCAAACUAAUCCUGGCCGUGCGAACCGUGUCCAAAGGCGAGACCGCGAAAGAGGACAUCGUGCGGAGCGUCCAGCAUCGCACAGACGGCUUCGAAGCCAUCGAAGUCUGGCCCCUCGACCUCACCAGCACUCAAUCCACACUCUCUUUCGCCGAGCGCGUCAAAUCCGAGCUCCCUCGUGUCGACGUUGUCGUCGAAAACGCAGGCAUCAACAACACGGCAUGGCAGGUCGUCGAAGGCUUUGAGCAGGUCAUUCAAGUCAAUGUGAUCAACACUCUCCUUCUCGCUCUGUGCCUGUUGCCUAAAUUGACCGAGACGAGAUUCAAGUAUCCCGACUCGAUACCUCAUCUCGAAAUUGUCAGUUCAGAGGUGCAUCACUACACCAAAUUCCCCGAGGUGAACGCCCCGGAUUUGUAUGAGGAAUUGAACGACAAGUCAGCUUUCAAUGGUAUGGAUAGAUACAAUGUGAGCAAGCUCAUUGAAGUCCUCUUCGUUCGCGAACUCGUCGACCGGAUGAAAGCCACCUCUCCAGAGCCGCCUGUGGUCAUCACGCUGGUCAACCCGGGAUUAUGUCGAUCCAAUCUCGACCGCAGCAUGAAUGUCGUGGCUCAAUGGCUGCUGUACGGGUUUCGGCUGAUAGCUGGGCGGUCGACAGAAGUCGGGUCACGGACGCUGGUGUACGGUGCGUGUACCGGACCAGAGUCGCACGGCGAAUUCAUGUCCGAUGGGCAAAACCAGAAUGUUGAGCCGUGGAUUUAUACGGAGACUGGGAACAAGGCCCAGCGGAAGGUGUUUGAGCAGACGAUGCGUGUGUUGGAUGAGCGGAGAUUCAGGGAUUCGAAGGCGGAUUGGGGCGUGGCUUUGGGAAGUUAUUGAGCCAACGUUGGUCCAGCAAGGUCUCGACAGCGAAGUGUGAAUUGUGUAUAGUAGUGGAAGCUCUCCUCUCCAAAAGUGUCGACUCUAUGACAAGAGAAUCCUUCGCCCGAUCAUGGUGAUUGAGGAUUGGCUCGUAGAAGGGCUGCUGGUCACGGCUUAUGAGAAGGAGCCUCGUUCAUGGCCCGCUCAAUUCGAGGGGAUCAAUAUGUAUGCUCUUCCUAGGACGUAGUCCCUAGCUGUAUAGGCUUAGAUUCUUUCGUCAAGGUCUGCUAUAGCACGGUUCUCGUCGAA